AUGACGCUCCCUCCAAUCCUCUUCCACUAUUUCCAAACACCCCUCCCCUACGCACGCACCCUCGCCCUCCAAGAAAAACUCCAUGCACUGCAGCUCUCCACCCGCCGCACCUCUCCAGGCUCACAUCCCGACCUUCUCCUCCUACUCCAGCAUCGACCUGUGUAUACCUUCGGGAGACGUCAGUCCCAGCCUUCCAUAGGCACAGAGGAGGACGAGAACGACCGCGAACACGCAAGGCUCAAGGCUCUUGGCGCUGACUCGGUUUGCACAGCGCGUGGCGGACUCGUGACGUAUCACGGCCCAGGUCAACUCGUUGGCUACCCUCUCUUCGACCUCUCCCGCCCAUCUCCAUCCCAUCCUACGCCAAUCCCUAUCCGCACCUACAUUUCACUCCUCAUCCGCACCAUCACCCACCACCUCCAACACACACACUCGCUCGUCACUGCCCCAUGCGCACAUACUGGCGUCUUCCUCGACGAACACACCAAGGUCGCGAGCGUGGGCGUGCAGGUGAGGCACAGGCUCACUACCCAUGGGUUCUCGUUGAAUGUGACGAAGGAGCCGAUAGAGUGGUUUGACAGAGUCGUCGCGUGUGGGCUGGAGGGUGUCAGGGCAGGGUGUAUAGAAGAAGCGGUGCAGCGCAUUAGUGCUGGUAUAGAGGGAGCCCAAAGUAAGCCCAGCCAACUCACAGUCCCCUCAAUAAUUCCUUCCCUCGUAUCUACCUUCGGAAACGUGUUUAACCGUGAAAUGCGCGCGCUCGACAUGGAUACGGAGGGAGAGGUGCAGGAUGCGGUACGCGAGCUUGAGAAGGAUGCAAAGAUGGCUGGGGACUGGUUGCGUGCGCCCCUUGAAGUGGGCGAUUUGAGAUCUGAGCCAUCGUAGUGGGGAGUGGUAGAUGGUUUGAAAGCUCCAGCGUGCAGAUGGCCGUGGUUUACAUUGCUUGGAGUUGGAAGUGGGGUGAGACCAGUGAGGUGUUACACCCAGCGCAUAUUUCUAGAUUUACCAAUCCUAAUAUUACCCACAACUCAGUACUCAGUUUGCAGUUCUCUAACCUGAAACAAUACUCUACUGGUUUUGCCUGAAUCAAUAUUCGAUUCUGGUACCUUCAGC